AUGAUGAACAUGGCACCAAAUACUGGCAUUCCGAGUCGGCACCCGUUAGGAGAAUUGCAACAACCUCCAAUUCGACCAAGGAGGUGUCGCCGAGAGAAAAGUAGUGGUAUCACUUCACCAGCAGACCCCUUGAGGCCGUACACGCCAAUGCAUAGGAAUCUUCAUGAGGCCGAGAUACUAUUGCCAGAGGAGCUAGAGAAUGUGGAACUCGCACCUUUGGAUAUUUUUGAAUUCUUUUGGACACCAGAAAUACUCCACUCACUAUCGGAAAAUACCAAUGCCUACUACGCUGUGCAGAGGAAGUCUCGUGCCUGUCGCAAAUGGAAGCCUACCACAGCCCAAGAAAUUGGUGUGUUCUUAGGGCUUUUGAUCGCCAUGGGUGUAAACAGAUGCAAAUCACCUAAUGACUUAUGGAGAAAAACAUCCGGUAUCCGGAUCUAUGUCCCAGUUUGGAAAAGACCAGUCUCCAAAGCAAUGGGCAACAACCGCUUUUUUCAAAUUAAGCGGUAUUUUCAUGUAUCUCCGCCUUCUAGUGUGAUUGGGCCAGAUAAUUGGUGGGAGAAGCUUGAGCCUUUGAGUAGUAAGAUGCGUGAAAGCUGCAAGAGAUACUACCUACCAUCCACAUCAGUAACAGUUGACGAGAUGAUGAUAAGGUUUGGGGGAAGAAGUAAGCAUACUGUUCGUAUACCUAAUAAGCCAAUCACAGAGGGAUACAAGGUGUUUGCGAUUUGCGACCAUGGAUACACAAUCAAUUGGCGGUUUCACUCCAGGGUUAAGGGUAUUGGUGAACUGUCUUCUGCCUACCGGGAUUCGGUUGGUAUCUCUGCACCGACUACAGCUGUCGUCUAUCAACUAGCUGAAUCAUCGCUACCUUAUCGAGAAUACGACUUUGUCAUUUAUAUGGAUAAUCUCUUUAGUACUGUUGCCCUUUUCAGCAAGCUCAGAAGUAUCGGAAUAGGUGCAUGUGGUACAGCACGCCUACAAGCAGGCCGCUUCCCGCUUGAAUACAACAACAACGCAAAAGAUAUUCCCUGGAAUACGGUGGUUGGUGGUGCAGUAUCAGAUAGUAACGGACUUGCCAGUGUACUGGCAAUGCAAUGGCAGGACAACAAUCAUAAAGCGGCCACGCUUAACCAGUACUAG